AUGAGCAGCAUAACAAAGGGCUCACCCUCGCUCGGUGACCUGCCAACCGAGAUACUAACACGCAUUCUGACACCCUUACUCCAGCAUACAGUCGAACAGGCCGACGAAUGGAACCACACGUUUCUAAUCACAGAAUACAAAGGCAGAUCGUACGCUCAAGUCCUGCCAACGCCGCCCGAAGAUGAGUGUCUUCAACCCCAAGUGUUGCGAGUUUGCAAGCGAUUCAAUGACAUCGGGGUUGACCUGCUUUAUGCGAACAAUCUCAUCUUUCCCAUGCAUGCGUGCACCUACUGGGCGGCCAAGGAAAGUGCCGAUCGACAACGCGCGUUUCUGAAGAAGCUGUCAUCUCCUCGAGACGAGCGGCACCGUCUGAAAGGGCUCUGCAUCAUCAUCUGGACGCCCGACUUCUUCAGGUACGGGAGCCAUGACACGGACGGCGACUGGUUCGACGAGCUGUUUGCCGGUCUGGCACUCCAUCAGCCAUGUUGGGACGAAAUCCUCAUCGACUUCCACGAUCUCACGGCGCGAGCGGCAUAUAACACAGAUCCCAAACUUUCAGGGCGCCUGAUCUACGGCUUGGGCAGACUUCAUGCCAAGAGUUUGCCGAAUCUAGGAGCUUCAGUUGUCAAGUGGAGCAUGGAGCAGCCGGAACAUAAAUAUCCCUUGACAAUUCUCCAUCACUCUCUGGAAGAUUAUUUUGAUGCCUGGGAACCACCGAAUGCCGAGGUUGCCCAAAUUCCUCGGAGGAGGCGUGAGCUCUUGCAACGGAGUCUACAGGCUGCUGAGGCAUUUGAUGAGGAAGCUUUCUUCGCUGUGAUGAUAGAUGCCGUCCAGCAUGUCAACGAGGUUUUUCGUCAAGGCUCGAAAGAUCGCUCGUGGUCGCAGGACAAGGUUGAGGAGUUGCUGGACGAGUGUGAGAAGGAAGGUCGUCUCUUGUUGAGCGCCAGAGACAAACAGUGGCGCGCUGCCUACGGACCCUGCGCCAGAGAUGUAUGGAGGUGA